GGCCUCCAUUGCAGUCACAUUCAGACACUAAACCCUACCGGAGUGUAGCGCUCACUCACUGUCCUCUUUAGCCGAGAACCCUCCCUCACACAGGUAAGAAACAUUCAACUUCUUCACAGAUUUUAAACGCUUUUUUUUCGCUUUUAUGUGGAAUAUUUUUGACGGUAAACUGAUUUUUGGUGUUCAUGUGAGGACUUUUCCUCAAGUUAAAACGGCUCUGAAUCUGCACAUUUGUCUCAUCAUGAACCUGGUUUGAUGUAGAUUGGUGUUUUUAAGGUUUGAGUGAAAUAACUCGGCUGUCAACGCUUUAAUCUAAUAGGUUGACCUUCUCGUUUACAUGUAAGCAUCUGUGGUCGUGGUCUGCUGCCUCUCACUGCACACAUGAAGAAAAAACAGACUCUUAAUGACAGAGAGGAUGAUACAUGUUAAACGACCUGUCUACAAUUAUAAAACAGGUCAUUUUGAGAGAAAAUCUAACAGUUAAGUCACUAAAUGUGGUUAAAAGUUAAAUUUUUGGUCCUGUAACCUUGUAAGUUAACCGCAGUUGUCACGACGUAACGGUUCACCUGAUGAAUGACUCUGAGGAGGAUGAAGUUCAGUCACUUCACAUGUUUAAAACCCGCUUUUUUAGAUUUGAGGUUCGUGGUUUAGGGGUUGUUGACUCGGUUCUGAUCCAAACGUAGGGAGUGGCCGGGUUGUCGGUGUCAUUUGCGGCUUCCCGGGCCGGGCUCUCCGCCUGCCUCCCGCCGCCGUCGCCGCCGCCGUCUCUAAGCUGCUCUCACUUUUGCCUUAUAUGGCCAUGGCCAGACCGAGGCGAAAACUGCCUUUGUUUCCAGGUUCUGGGUUUGGACUGGAACCUGCGCUAUUGCGACAUCCAGCGUCCACUCUGAGUAAUGACAUGAGUUAGACCCAGUUGAUGUUUGCCAGAUGUCACACUUGAACUGUCACAGAAAGAGAGAGAGAGAGAGAGAGCAUCUGUUUCUAACUGUCUCACCCUUUUUUCUCCCCCUCCCUCCCUCCCUCCCCUUCCUUCCUCUCUUGUCCAGAAAAAAAAUGGAAGACGAAAUCGCCGCCCUCGUUGUUGACAACGGAUCUGGUAUGUGCAAAGCUGGCUUUGCAGGAGAUGACGCCCCACGUGCUGUGUUCCCCUCCAUUGUUGGGCGCCCCAGGCAUCAGGUAAAGUUUCUUAUUAAUAUUAUUUUUAAUGUCAGUGACAACAGCCAGUGGUUUAUCAAAGUGCUUUACAGUAAAAUAGAAACAAUAAAACUAUAAAAACAAUAAAAGCAGAAAACAACAUAGCAAAUAAAUAAGUAGCUGUACUUCUUGAACAGGUGCAUCUUCAGAAGUGUUUUAAAAGUGGAAAGCUUAUUCUCAGUGCGCACAGAAAAUGCUCGAUCUCCCCUAGAUUUUAAAAAGGAUCGAGGAGCAUCUAAAACCACCUGAUCAGCUGACCUCAGGUCUCUGGACGGCCCAUUCAGAUAGAUAGAUAGAUAGAUAGAUAGAUUUAUUGGUCCCUGUGGGGAAAUUUGUCUUCACCAACUGUAUAUUACAUAAAAGGACGAAAAUGCACAUCACAUAGGACAGACUUUAAGGAACAGACAACUAAUGACAAACACCCGGACAACAGCAAUCGGCAACAAGCAGCAAGUAGACUUCAGAGACUUAAAAACAAAUAAAAGAAUCUUAAAAUCAAUCCUGAACUGAACAGGGAGCCAAAAAAGUCCCAAAAAUAUAUAUUUUAAUCAGCAUGCUUUCAUAGAAAUUCUAUUAGUUUCUGUUCUGACUGUUCCUCCUGUCUGUUUCCAGGGUGUGAUGGUUGGUAUGGGCCAGAAAGACAGCUAUGUUGGUGACGAGGCACAGAGCAAAAGAGGUAUCCUGACCCUGAAGUACCCCAUCGAGCACGGUAUUGUCACCAACUGGGACGACAUGGAGAAGAUCUGGCAUCACACCUUCUACAACGAGCUGAGAGUUGCCCCUGAGGAGCACCCAGUCCUGCUCACUGAGGCCCCCCUGAACCCCAAGGCUAACAGGGAAAAGAUGACCCAGGUAACAGAGGCUUCAACACUUCACUUUUUUAUAAACCCCACUCAGCUCAUCUACAGGGCCCUGCAACAGGAAGCACACAGACAUUUCCUCCUCUUCUCAAUCUGUCCAUUUCCUCCUGCUUCAUAAACCUCCAGGUUUCCUCUGUCCUGUGCUGAUCUUUCCGUCCUCUCGGAUACUCCAGGUUUCUAUCUCUUUGCCAUGUAAUGCAUCAUCAGGAAUGACUUGUUGCAGCAUGGUCACUGCUUUCUUAGGCGUGUGUUAGACUCUCUAAAGCAGACAGUAGGCAUCUAACUACACAUUUGACUGCAUGAUGCAACAGGUGAGGAUAGAGAAGGGACUCCUAACUCAUCUCAGACCUUCAGGAUGACCAAACUUGAGUGCAGAUUACUGUAAUUACUGGUCUCAUGACGGUGUUGAUACUCAAAACCAAACUGCCAGUUUGCUGUGCUUUUCU